CGGUUGUGGGCGGGAAGGGGCUGAGCGGGGGUGCUGGGAGGGUUCAAGGGGUCCAAAGGGGAAGGGGGAACAGGGGCCAGGUGAAGGGGUAGAUGAGGAGAUCAGAACAGCCUUAGAGCUCAGGGGCCAACUGGGUGAACAGCCUUGGGUAUCUAGGGGAGCAGUGGGGGGAGAGCAGAGCCGGCUAGUGUACAGGGGGCGAGAGCAGACUAUUGAGAGAUGGGGCUGAGGGUGAGGACCAGAACAAUUCCUUCAGAAAAAAGUAGAUUAGGAUGUAAAAAGGGACCGGAGUAGGGAUCCCAGAUUCGAGUAAAAAAUAGACUAAUGAGGGUGGGAGGGUGGGAGGAAGGUCUUAAAGUGCCCACUAUGUGUUAGGACUCGAGAAAGAGGCGGCGGGCGGCAGGCAUGGAAGCUGAGGGGAUAGUAGAGAGAAGCUGAGAGGACAGCCGCAGGAAAGAUUUGAAUGAGAUGUCAGGACGCUGGCUCUUCUGCCUGGGGAUCUAGGCUGCUUGGAUUCCCAAGGUCUUGGGAAGGGUCUAGCCCUGCAUGUGGCCACAUUCAGCUGGGGCCAGGCCUUGGGCCAGCACUUUAAUAGGGAAGGACCCAAGAGUCAUGGCCUGGUGGUGUCUGGAUGGGAUUCCCCCAGGCCUUGCUGAGCCAUGGAGAGAACUCUGGAGAUGGCGCUCAAGACCCCUGCACUGUGUACCUCCUUUCUCACCUCUGGCCAGGGGCAGCAGGGACCAUAGAAACUUAAAGAGGAGGGGGAACAUAGAUGGCUGGAGACAGAAUCUAGAGCCUUCAACAAAUAAUGUGCGAGAUGUUUCACCAUUCAGGAGUGGACCAGACCAAGGGAGUGGUGGUUGUCUCUGCCUGGAACUGACCAUCUUUGAUUUUGUAAUUCUUCAGGUUCCACUGGGCUGAUUCCCCUCCCAUUUUCAAGCUCGGCCCCUUUCAACUCUGCCGAGAAUGGCUCCCACCUGGCUCUCACGACAUUCCCUGGUCCAACAAGGCCAUCAAGAUGUCUAGAGAGCAGGCACUAGACCACCCCAGAGACCUCAAGUGCCAUGUGGAAAGAGGGAUGUUUCCCGUGACAGGGCAGGACCAGGCGGAGAGUCCUGGGAGCUGGAGGGGUCACAGGCCCUGAGCCAGCAGGCUGAGGUGAUCGCUCGGCAGUUGCAAGAACUGCGGCGGCUGGAGGAGGAGGUCCGGCUCCUGCGGGAGACCUCACUGCAGCAGAAGAUGAGGCUAGAGGCCCAGGCCAUGGAGCUGGAGGCCCUGGCACAGGCAGAGAAGGCCGGCCGAGCUGAGGCUGAGGGCCUGCGUGCUGCUUUGGCUGGGGCUGAGGUCGUCCGGAAGAACUUGGAAGAGGGGAGCCAGCGUGAGCUGGAAGAGGUUCAGAGGCUGCACCAAGAGCAGCUGUCCUCUUUGACGCAGGCUCACCAGGAGGCUCUUUCCAGUUUGACCAGCAAGGCCGAGGGCUUGGAGCAGUCUUUGAGUAGUCUGGAAACCAGGAGAGCAGGGGAAGCCAAGGAGCUGGCCGAGGCUCAGAGGGAGGCCGAGCUGCUUCGGAAGCAGCUGAGCAAGACCCAGGAAGACUUGGAGGCUCAGGUGACCCUGGUUGAGAAUCUAAGAAAAUAUGUUGGGGAACAAGUCCCUCCUGAAGUCCACAGCCAGACAUGGGAACUGGAGCGACAGAAGUUUCUGGAAAACAUGCAGCACUUGCAGGAGGACCGGGAUGGCCUGCACGCCACUGUGGAGCUGCUGCAGGUGAGGGUGCAGAGCCUCACGCACAUCCUCGCCCUGCAGGAGGAGGAGCUGACCAGGAAGGUUCAACCUUCAGAUUCGCUGGAGCCUGAGUUUACCAGGAAGUGCCAGUCCCUGCUGAACCGCUGGCGGGAGAAGGUGUUUGCCCUCAUGGUGCAGCUAAAGGCCCAGGAGCUGGAACACAGCGACUCUGUUAAGCAGCUGAAGGGACAGGUGACCUCACUCCAGGAACAAGUAACAGCCCAGAGCCAGGAGCAGGCCAUUCUGCAGCGAUCCCUGCAGGACAAAGCCGCAGAGGUGGAGGUGGAGCGGAUGGGUUCCAGGGGCCUGCAGUUGGAGCUGAGCCGUGCUCAGGAGGCCAGGCGCCGGUGGCAGCAGCAGACAACCUCAGCCGAGGAGCAGCUGAGGCUUGUGGUCAAUGCCGUCAGCAGCUCUCAGAUCUGGCUCGAGAGCACCAUGGCUAAGGUGGAAGAGGCUGCCGCCCGGCUUCCCAACCUCAACAACCGACUCAGCUAUGCCGUCCGCAAGGUCCACACCAUUCGGGGCCUGACUGCUCGAAAGCUUGCCCUUGCUCAGCUGCGCCAGGAGAGCUGUCCCCUACCACCACCAGUCACAGACGUAAGCCUUGAGUUGCAGCAGCUGCGGGAAGAACGGAACCGCCUGGAUGCAGAACUGCAGCUGAGUGCCCGCCUCAUUCAGCAGGAGGUGGGCCGGGCUCGGGAACAAGGGGAGGCAGAGCGGCAGCAGCUGAGCAAGGUGGCCCAGCAGCUAGAGCAGGAGCUGCAGCAGACCCAGGAGUCCCUGGCUAGCUUGGGGCUGCAGCUGGAGGUGGCACGCCAGGGCCAGCAGGAGAGCACAGAGGAGGCUGCCAGUCUGCGGCAGGAGCUGACCCAGCAGCAGGACCUCUACAGGCAAGCCCUGCAAGAGAAGGUGGCUGAAGUGGAAACUCGGCUGCGGGAGCAACUGUCAGACACAGAGAGGAGGCUGAACGAGGCUCGGAGGGAGCAUGCCAAGGCCGUGGUCUCCUUGCGCCAGAUUCAGCGCAGAGCCGCCCAGGAAAAGGAGCGGAGCCAGGAACUCAGGCGUCUGCAGGAGGAGGCCCGGAAGGAGGAGGGGCAGCGACUGGCCCGGCGCUUGCAGGAGCUGGAGAGGGAUAAGAACCUCAUGCUGGCCACCUUGCAGCAGGAGGGUCUCCUCUCCCGUUACAAGCAGCAGCGACUGUUGGCAGUUCUUCCUUCCCUACUGGAUAAGAAGAAAUCUGUGGUGUCCAGCCCCAGGCCUCCAGAGUGUUCAGCAUCCGUACCUGUAGCAGCAGCAGUACCCACCAGGGAAUCCAUAAAAGGGUCCCUCUCUGUCCUGCUCGAUGACCUGCAGGGCUUGACUGAAGCCAUUUCCAAAGAGGAAGCUGUUUGUCAAGGAGACAACCUUGAUAGAUGCUCCAGCUCCAAUCCCCAGAUGAGCAGCUAAGCAGCUGAGAGCCCAGGGAAAGCCAGCCUGGGGGCUGGGAGGAUCCUGGAGAAGUGGGUGGGGACAGACGAGCCCUUCCCCCUCCCGGGGUCACUCUGGGGAACACUGGCUGAGUCUAAAUUCUGCUCUAAAUAAAGACGACUACAGUAGGA